UCCUCCGCGCCCGCCCCAGCCGCCGCCUGCGGGGACGUGUGUGUUUCUAGUGCAAUUUCCCCUUUCGCUCGGGUGUCUCAGUGCAGGUCUCCGCCGGCUCGCGCCCCCUCCCCGGGCGCCCCCGCUGCCCCCUCCCUUGGCCUGGCCCUCCCCGGCGGCCACCCAGCUCCCCCCCGCACUCCACCCCGCCCCCCGGAGUCGUUUUAUCAGGGGCGCCGGCGUCUCACCUGGUAUUUGCAUCUCGCCCUCCAACUUGCCAUUGGCGGCGCGACGUGUGGGAGAGCCCUGUGCCUCGCCCGCCCGGACCAGCCUGCCCCGGCGCCGAGGUCACUCCUGCGGUUGGCCCAACCCAGCAUGCAGCCUUGAACCUGGCUUAGGCCACCACCUACUCCAGCUCUCUACACCCCCUAUCUCCCUGUGGUUUGGGCUGUAGGCUCUAAGCUCCAAAGUACCUGAACAGCAUCUGUUCGUCAAGAAACCCCCACAGCUCCAGAGGGCCCAGUGAACCCUGCUUUCGGCUCUCUGAGAAGACAGCAUGGCUAUUACCCUGCAGCCCAGUGACCUGAUCUUUGAGUUUGCAAGCAACGGGAUGGAUGAUAUUCACCAGCUGGAAGACCCCUCGGUGUUCCCAGCUGUGAUCGUGGAACAGGUACCCUACCCUGAAUUACUGCAUCUGUACUCAGGACUGGAACUGGACGACGUUCACAAUGGUAUCAUAACAGACGGGACGUUGUGCAUGGCACAGGAUCAGAUCCUGGAGGGCAGUAUUUUGCUGGCAGAUGACAAUGAAGCAACCUCACAAACCAUGUCAACCACUGAAGUCUUACUCAACGUCGAGUCUCCCAAUGACAUCCUGGAUGAGAAGCAGAUCUUCAGCACCUCCGAAAUGCUUCCCGACUCAGACCCUGCUCCAGCUGCCACUCUGCCCAACUACCUGUUUCCUGUCUCUGAGCCUGAUGCCCUGAAUGGGGCAGGUGACACUGAUGACCAGGAGGGACACUGUCUGGAGGAGAAGGUCCCCAGAGAGGAAAGUGCCAAGAAGACUGGAAAAUCAAAGAAGAGAAGUAAGAGAGACGGAGUCCGGAAGACCAAGGGCAACCGCAGUACCUCACCAGUCACUGACCCCAGCAUCCCCAUUCGGAAGAAAUCUAAGGAUGGCAAAGGCAGCACCAUCUAUCUGUGGGAGUUCCUCCUCGCACUGCUGCAAGACAGGAACACCUGCCCCAAGUACAUCAAGUGGACCCAGCGAGAGAAAGGCAUCUUCAAGCUGGUGGACUCCAAAGCCGUGUCCAAGCUGUGGGGGAAGCAGAAAAAUAAGCCCGACAUGAACUAUGAGACAAUGGGGCGGGCGCUAAGAUACUACUAUCAAAGAGGCAUCCUUGCCAAAGUGGAAGGGCAGAGGCUGGUGUACCAGUUUAAGGAGAUGCCCAAGGACCUGGUGGUGAUCGAAGACGAGGAUGAGAGAAGUGAAGUCACGGCAGCCUCCCCUCGGGCCUCCACUCCCUGCACCUCCUCCGCCAGCACCACCAGGCGAGCCAGCUCCAGGGUCUCGGCCAGAGCUGCUCCCCAGGGCAAGGCAGGCCCUUCCUGGGAAAAGCCAAAGGUUCAGAGCGUUGGCUUACAGCCGUCUGCAAAUCUGGAAGUGGGACUGUGUGCAGAUGAGGAGAUCCCCACUACCUCCGCCGUGCUCAUCCCUCCCCCGGAGAGCCAGGCCAAAUUCCCCAAAGCCAUGAGUACUUCUUCAGUGCCCAGCAACAUCCACCUAGGAGUGGCCCCUGUGGGGUCAGGCUCGGCCCUGACCCUGCAGACAAUCCCACUGACCACAGUGCUGACCAACGGGCCUCCUGCCAGUACUACUGCUUCAACCCAGCUUGUUCUCCAGAGUGUUCCGCCUGCUUCGACCUUCAAGGACACCUUCACUUUGCAGGCCUCCUUUCCCCUGAACACCAGUUUCCAAGAAAGUCAGGUGGCAGCACCAGGGGCUCCGCUGAUUCUUAGUGGUCUCCCACAACUUCUGGCUGGGGCCAACCGUCCGACCAAUCCAGCGCCAUCCUCCGUCACAGGGGCUGGAGCAGCAGGGCCCAGCUCUCAGGCCCCUGGGACUGUCAUCGCUGCCUUCAUCAGGACUUCGGGUGCCACAGCAGCCCCUGGGGUCAAGGAGGGGCCACUGAGGCCCUCCUCAUAUGUGCAGGGCAUGGUGACUGGGGCCCCCAUGGAGGGGCUGCUGGUUCCUGAAGAGACCCUGAGGGAGCUCCUGAGGGAUCGGGCUCACCUUCAGCCACUUCCAACCCAGGUGGUUUCAAGGGGUUCCCUUCCGGGGAACCAGACUUUCUCUUCUCCCAGCUGCCCCACUGUUGGGCUGACCCCAGUGGCUGAACUUGAGCUCUCCUCAGGCUCAGGGUCCCUGUUUAUGGCUGAGCCUAAUGUGACCACAUCUGGGAGCCUGCUUGCCAGAUCCCCAACCCCAGCCCCCUUCUCCCCAUUCAAUCCCACUUCGCUUAUAAAGAUGGAGCCCCAUGACAUAUAAAUGAAGGGGGUCGGGGGAGGUGCGUCCCAACAGGUAAAGUUGAACAGCAUUUUUAUAUGGACUUCCUGUAGCAGAGACUGACUGAAACAGCACACCUGCCCUUUUCAGUGGGAUGUCAAUACACCAGAUCCCCUGUCCCCGACCCCUGCCCGGUGUCACCACGGCCAAGCCAUGCCCAGUUUGAGCAUCCGUGGCGUCAGACCGUGGCCUUCAAGAGCACUAGGGGAUAUGCUCUUGUCAGGGUAAUGGGCUGACUUGGUGAUGGAGCGAAAACCUCCUGAGAAGUUUGUGGCCAGGGCUGAGGCAGGGGCUCUGGGGGAAGAGUCCUGUCGUAGGGCUAUAUUUCACCAUCUACGUUCCCUCCACAGGGAAUUUCCUAUCCCAUAUGUGAAUAUCUCUGUAUGUAUUUGUGUGUACUCGUGGGUCUGUAUCUCUGUUUCUUUGGGGAGGAUGGGCGUGUAGCUGUGAGGUCUUCAAGGGUGUGUGUGUCUUUGCGGGUCAGCUGCAGAGAUGGGGAGUGUUUUUUAAAAGAAAGCAUUCUCUAGUGCCCUCUGUACAAACCGAGAUUCAGUUGCUCCGAGGCUGUGGGGUACAUGCUGGAUCCCCCAAAUUGAGAGAGAUGUCACAGAGCUGGAGCAGGUCCAGGGUACGAGGAUUUCAGUGGGCACAUGUGCUGGGGAAGAUGCGGUUAGAAGGGCCAAGGUCAGACCCAGAUAGUCCCCAGGCAGGGGCUGAAAUUAAUUGAAUGUGCCGAGGGUGUGGACUCCCUCUUGAUGAGUGUCAUCCCGAUACCUCCCUGCUGUCAGGCAUUGCUGGGACAGCUGUGUCGCCGUGCAUGUUGGCUGUGCCUCCGUCCUCACCCGUGUGUGCCUGCUGCUCAGCGUGCCUUCUACUCACCUUGUAGGCUUGCCAACCCACUCGCCCCCACAAUGGCUAUCACAGUCCUCGAGUGGACUGUUGACACUCAUCGCCAACUUUCAGUUGCACCUGGCCCUGAUUCCUCCUGCAGCAAGAAGACAGGAGCCAGCAGAUGUGAGCCCCCAUGGCACUUCUCCCAUCUCUACAUGGUUCCUUGCUUCCCUCUUUCUUCUUUCUGAGGAAGUUUCAACUGAUCCUCUAUUAGGUCAAACCCUUGGCCUAACUCCUCCUUCCCCUUUGAAUUAGCUUGCCUCUCUCCUGCGAAAAUUGGGGGGCAAGGCUAAGAGUUAAAACACGUUGACAGCCUCAGAAACAAUGAUAUGAUCUGGUGAAUUUGGUUAAUGUGAAUCAGUGCCUCAGGACCUUUUCUGUGUCCGCAGUAUAAAACCAUCCAUUAGACCUAACUACCUCCCCAGGUUGUUCUCUCUUUCCUUCUGGUCACUGCCAAGCCUCCUAUCAUUCUCUCCCACUCUCUUCUUGUGCUUCCCCCUUCUCUCCCUGGAAAGGAAACAUAUAUGGAUGUGCAGAUGUAUUUAUUACACAUCUCCAACACUCGGCAUUAAAAUGCCUUUUUCUAAUAUGAUCAGUUUAUUAUGACAAAUUCCCAAUGAUGGAAAGUGAAACAUCCCAAGAAAGAGUCACCUUUCAAACAAAAUUUGCACAAAGUCGCUGCAUGGAUUAGGGGUGGCCCUGCCCCCGCCCCAAAUCCAUAGAACUCAUCAUCUGAAGGUCACUGAUACCCUCAUGGUGACAUGAAGUGUCUUCUUCACAGUUCUCAGUCCCUGUGAACCCUCAUGGCUCGUGACACUACUUUCUUCCCCCUCCUGCAGUAGCCGGGUUCUUGGGCUACCCUCUGUACCUGUGCUGGCCCCACAUCUGCCACUUUAAAUGUGGGUGCCCACCAAGGGUCUCAGCCGCUCUCCUGGCUCUGCCUUGGCUCUUUGGGGAUGGGGCUGAAAUUGAGAGAGUCAGCCCCCACUUUUCUCCUCAGCUCCUGCUUGCAUUUCCAGCAGCCUGCUGGACAUUUCCAUCCAGAUGCCUGUCAUGCCUCAAACACAGCCCUUCUAUCAAAAAUGGAUUUGAAAGUCUUCACACACACACACACACACACACACACACACAACCUUUCCCUCCCCCAAAACAAAAAGCUGUCAUGACUUGCCUAUUUCUGUGAAAGGUGCCAUCAUUUUCCUGACCUUCUAAGCUUGACAUUUCAGAGCCAUCUGAUGGCUGCCUUCAUUUGACCCUAACCCUCCCCCAUCUCUUGAAGUCCAGGCCGUUUGCCAUGUCUCCGAAAUCUAGCCUUUCUUCCACAUUCUCAGAGCCUCCAGCCUAGCUCAGACUUACUUGACUAUAUCCCUUUCCCAACACACCAACACACCGCAGUGUGACCCGUCCCCCUCUCUGAUCUGCCUGCUGGGGCACCAGUCCUGUUCUUUCUCUGCUAAAAAGCCUUCAAUGGCUCUUCAUUGCCUAUAGGUAGGGGUGAUACUCAAAAUACUUUAGCCUCCCAUCUGUUCUGGCAGCCGGGCAUUAACUCUUAAUUUGCUGAACCACAAAGCAGUCCAGGGGUCCUGGAGGAGAGGGGAGGGAAUAUUUGAGGACUCAGGGCAGUAAUUCCAAAAGGAAGGUACCAAGUCCUUGGACCUUCUGGCAAAGGCCCUUCACCAUCAAGUCCCAACCGACUUCCCUAGUCAUCUCUCACAUUGCUUCCCUGACCCCCGGGGUCCUGCUCCAAACAGGGAUCCCCUGGCCUUUGAGUUUGCCUCUGUUUGAAGUUUCCCACCUCUGCGAUUUUGCUUUACUUGGUUCUGCUCAACCAGGAUGCUCCUCCCACCCUGUUAGUACCAAUUAAAUCGUAUCCAUCCUUUAAGACUCUGUUCAUGGAAGCUGCCUCCCUAGACCAGACUACCCCUGAGUUCUUCAUUUGAAAUUCGCACCAAUUGCCACUCUUUUGGCAACUGCUCAUGAAUAGUGACAUCUCCUCUGUUAUAAUCACAAACUGUUACUUAAAUCUUCAAUGACCUGGGCCUAUUUAGUCUCACCACUUAGUGUGCCACCUUUCGAGGGGCGGGGGGCUGUACCACCCACAGAGCGGGGCAAGCUAUGAACCAUCUAGUGAGCAUCAGUGAACCCAUUGAGCUGCUGAGAGAUGGGGAUGAAAGUCUGAGGCUGGUGACCUCUGACCUCCCCUCUGCACAGGCACUCACCCUAGAUGCUCCACUGCCCAGGGCCGGACCUCUCUGGCUCAGUGCCCUCAUGAUGCCCCUACUCCCACCCCCCAGCCUUAUCACCCAAGAGUUGUUACUACUUUGAACACCCCUGCCCCUAAAGAAACUUCCCUGUCCAGUUUCUUUCCUAAUCCAAAGUGUUAAAGUAGCUAAUCUGGUCAACUAACCUGUGCUGAUCUAGUUAUGGGAGAGGGCCGGAGGAGACCCUCAGGAGACUGGUUCAUUUUUGCCAGGGUCAUGUGGUAACAACAUCCUUGCCUUUGCGAAGACGGUGUAAUGGGGUCAGGAGACCCGCUCCUCACCCCCUAGCAGCUGAUGUAUCCCUCCUUCCUCUGGGCUCCCGCAGCACUUUGUGUAUACCUCUUACUGUAGCACUUAGCACAUGGUAGCUCCUUAGCUAUGUGUUUAUGUAUGUUGCCCCUCUAAUAGACUGUGAGCUCCUCAAGGACAGGGACUGUGUGUUAGUCACUGAUGUAUCCCCAGCGCCUAGCACAGUGCCUGGCACACAGUAGGUGCUCAAUAAAUGUUUAUUGAAAGAAA